AUGUUUCUGAUCUGUCUGACCGUGGUUUCUAUUCUGUGGUUCUCCAGCUGCUCAGGAUCCUGCCCCAGAAGAUGCAGCUGUGACGUUCCCCGGCUUAUACAGUGUUACAGGAUCUCUACUAUCCCUACUGACAUUCCUGCCAACAUCAGGAAAAUGCAUAUAAGCCACAGCAAAGUUAGGCAACUCAAGUUAUCAGACUUUACUGUAAUACCAGAGUUGCAAGAGCUGGUGUUAUUUUCAAGUGGAACUGAAGUGAUUGAAAACAACACGUUCAAAGCGCUGAAUAACUUAAGGAUGUUGGAAGUGUGGAAGAAUAAACUGACAAGAAUUCCCAGUUCACUUCCUCCAAAUCUAGAGGUGUUGAAAUUCGGAGAUAAUUCCAUAGGUUUUAUUCAUCAGUAUGAUUUUGAAGGCUUGAAGAAACUGCGGGAACUUGAGAUAAAGAAUAACAAUUUGUAUACAUUAUCAUUUGAUAUUUUUUCUAGAUUAUUAACUAUACAAAGCCUGGUUUUGGAUGGUAAUGGUAUUGACACAAUCUCUGGGCUUGCUAGGCUUCCACAUCUGAAAUAUCUUAGUAUGGAAAACAACAAGCUUCAGUAUUUUCCAGAAAACUUUUUUGGAUAUUUUCAAAGCUUACAAUGUCUUAGGCUGGCUGGGAAUCAGCUAGUAAAGAUACCAGCCCAAAUCCCCAAGUCACUAUUAUACUUGAGGCUUGAGAAAAAUAACAUAAAAAGUAUUAAAAGCAGAGAUGUGAAAAAUUUGGAAAAUCUUUCUGAGCUCAAUCUUUCAGAAAACCAGAUUUCUUCAGCAGAUGGUCUGCAGGUUCUUGGUAACCUGUCUUUUAUAGAUGUAUCUAAGAACAAGCUUAUAGCUCUUCUGCAUAGACUUCCAGCUAAGCUGCAAAGACUUGACUGCAGCAAUAACAAGAUCCAAAAAGUUACAAUGCAAGAUUUUAAAGGCCUGCAUAACCUCAAGCAUUUAUUCCUUGACAAUAAUGUUGUCAAUCAAAUUGAAGAUGACGCAUUUCAGUGGUGCCCUCAUCUGACUAACCUGGCAAUAGAGCAGAAUCAGUUAACAUCUGUCCCAUCAAGUUUGCCAUCUACUCUGUCGAGGCUUGACCUCAAAGGAAACAGGAUAGAGAACAUUGGUGAGAAUGAUCUUAAACACAUGACAAUGCUUCAAGUCCUCAAUUUACGAAACAACAAGAUUGCAUCCCUAGACCACCAUGUGUUUGAAUAUUUGCCACGACUUAGGCACAUCUACCUGGAUGGGAACCCAUGGAACUGCACCUGUAAUCUUCUAAAGGUCAAAAAAGUCCUACUAGAAAAAGGAGCAGAUAUAAAGGGAGGGCAGUGUGCAGAGCCUUCUUUCUGUCGUGGAGAAUACUGGAUGAUGUUUGAAACCUUUCAGUUUAACUGUGAGAGCUCACACACCUAUGACAAAGGCAGAAACAGGAAAAAAACUAAAGCAGAUGAUGUCUCUAGUGUCAAAAUACAAUUAGAGGAUGACGAUUAUGAUUAUGAUAUUGAGUAA